CUCCCUCGAGAUCUCGCGACACAUCAGCUCUGUGUCAGUGUCCGUGUGCGCGGAGGUGCAGGAGUCAGUAUAAACUACAUCCACCUCGCUCCAAAAGCCCGCGCGUAAAGUCCGUGGCGCGUGUGGAGAGACGCUGAACACGCUGAGAUGUUGUUCCGUGAAACUUUGAGGAUGAUAUUGUUUGGAUGUUUCCUCGUGCUCUGUGGGCUCACGCGUGUCAUGGCAAGUUAUCCCAUCUGGUGGUCGCUAGCCGUGGGCCACCAGUACUCGUCGCUGGGCACCCAACCCAUCCUGUGUGGCAGUAUUCCCGGCCUGGUCCCCAAACAGCUGCGCUUCUGUCGGAACUACGUGGAGAUCAUGCCCAGUGUGGCAGAGGGCGUGAAGAUCGGCAUCCAGGAGUGUCAACACCAGUUCAGAGGCCGACGAUGGAACUGCACCACCGUCAGCAACAGUCUGGCCAUCUUUGGACCUGUGUUGGACAAGGCUACUCGUGAGUCCGCCUUCGUCCACGCCAUCGCCUCGGCCGGUGUAGCGUUUGCGGUGACCCGGGCUUGUGCGGAGGGUUCGGCCACCAUCUGCGGGUGUGACACGAGGCACAAAGGCCCCCCCGGAGAGGGUUGGAAAUGGGGUGGCUGCAGUGAGGACGUGGAGUUCGGCAGCAUGGUGUCCCGGGAGUUUGCAGAUGCCAGAGAGAAUCGGCCCGACGCUCGGUCAGCCAUGAACCGGCACAACAACGAAGCGGGCAGAGUGUCCGUGAAUGACAACAUGUUCCUCAAGUGCAAGUGCCACGGCCUGUCUGGCAGCUGCGAGGUCAAAACCUGCUGGUGGUCUCAGCCUGACUUCCGGGUCAUCGGGGACUACAUGAAGGACAAGUAUGACAGCGCCUCCGAGAUGGUGGUGGAGAAACAUCGCGAGUCCCGAGGCUGGGUGGAGACGCUACGACCCAAGUACAACUACUUCAAACCCCCCACGGAGCGCGACUUGGUCUACUACGAAAACUCACCCAACUUCUGUGACCCCAACCCCCACACGGGCUCCUUCGGGACGCGCGACCGAGCCUGUAACCUCACAUCCCACGGCAUCGACGGCUGUGACCUCCUGUGCUGUGGGCGGGGUCACAACACCAGGACUGAGAAGCGCAAAGAGAAGUGCCAUUGUAUUUUCCACUGGUGCUGCUAUGUGAGCUGUCAGGAGUGCACUCGGGUGUACGACGUGCACACGUGCAAAUGAGACACGUCCACGCUUGUGCUUUGUAUUCACCAAAAUGUUAGAGACCAGUGGGAAGAAGAAGAAGAAGACAUGGAGACUGUAAACGUGCCGGGGCUGUCUGUGAACCAGCGGUAGACAUAAGUGCUUUGUCUCCUUGUGCUUUGAAGCUGAAAGGAAUCGGCCUGAGUUAAUCCACUGGAAAGUUGCUGGUUUUUGAGCUAAACGAGCCAGAGCCAGUGAAGGUCUUUCUGUACUGACUUAGGAGGAGACAACAGUAGACUGAUAGACAAACACCAUAUUGGUGAAGCCUUAUAUGUAAAUGUAUUUCACUAUAGUUACAAUGCUGUGCUGCACUGCUAACGUUUCCAUGUUACGUGUUCAACCUCUCACAGACCUGAAUCACAAACACAGCAGCAUUCUUUUACUGUAGCCUGGCAAGUCAGACGCAUUCUCUUUGGACACUGAAGUGGGUCUGGCACUCGUCACAUAUGUCUCAUCAAUUAUUUGUUUUCCGGCUUUGUUUUAUGUUAUUUAAAUCCAGUAAGUCAAUGGAAUUCUUCAACUUAAUGAACUUAAUAUCCCCUUGUGUGGAUGCGUUUGCCAAGGAUGUGUGGGUAAAAAUGCACUUGCACCUGAGUGAAUGUAGUUAUGACACUGUUUACAUGCUCUCUAAGUUAACAAGCUAACAUGUUAAUGUCUGCUUCUGUCUCUCAAGACUGUCAACAAAUGAAAAUACGAUUUAGCAAAUCUUCCUGAAAUAUAAACCUAUUGAAUGAAAACACAGAGGCUAGACGGAGUCCACGGCCGUCCCUGGUUUUUCAACUAAAUGUAUUUGACCAAAGACGAGAUCUGUGGAGAUUGUCCAGACAAAUGUAAAAGACUCACUAAAGGUCAGCACUUGUGUCCUGUAUUCUGAAGCAUGAGUGUCUUUGUCAGUAUUAGCUGUGCCACUGUCUGGUCUUCCUGAAGCUAACAAGCUAAUCUUUAACAUAAGCUCUGAAACGCAGUAAACGUGACCAAAACCUGUGGGAGAUGCUCUUGUUCCCUGGACUAAACCAGCAGCAUCCCUGUGUGUCCCUAAUGCUGCUAAAGCUGAGGUUUGAUACCCUGUCUCUGUAUAGUUCAUAUUGAUUCUUUCUGUGAAAGACAUAUAUUUUUAUAGUUGAACAAAAUGUGAAGUUUUGACUAAUCGUGUUUGUAAUAUUCAGUUUAACAUUUAGACUUAUUCCAUUCUAUUGUUUUGUGUAGUGUUGCAGAGCUAGCUCAUUUCUACUGUUCCCCCUUAUUUCAAAUGCAAUAUUAUUUAUUGUUUGGAGGUGAUAAACUACUGAGACUAAUGUCAUUUGACUGCUGCAUCAGCAUCAUUCAUGAGUCACUGUUUACGGCUCAGGCCUGUGUCAGAAUCAAAGCUUCCUAUCAAUGCAUUUCUAUUGGAAAAUCCCAGUUUAUCCCAGUUUAUCCCAGUUUAUUCAGACCACAGUCAUGUACCCUACAGGCCAGACAGGUCCACAUACAGUAAACAUGUGUUUUCUCAUGUUAAACCUGCAUCAGCACAUCACUGGAGUCAUUGGAGUCAUUGGAGUGCUUAUGUUCAGAUCAGCAUUGGAAACACUGGAGUCCUUAUGUUCAGAUUUUUAAUCCAAAGGUUUGUACAAACUAGUUUGUUUUGGUGGAUUUAAGUGUUGUUUUUUAUAAUUAUUUAUUCUGAGCUCUGUUUAUAUUAGUAAAUGUAAGUCUGUAUUUGCAUAAAUACAUUUAAACAGUGUUGUAACACUGUAGGCCUUU